GAGAUUCUGCAGAUGCUGGAAAUCUAGAGCAAUACGCACAAAAUACAGGAUGAAUUCAGCAGGUCAAGCAGCACCAACUCUUCUUCAGGACUCCAUUACCAACAUGGCGGCCUUAUCGCUCCUCUUUCGUGACGUCAGGCGGGAAACUCUCGGCUGGGGCAUGACGUACGCACGUAACCGCCACUCGCACGGUCUUUGGCGCGCCUGCCUGGAAUGGGCGUGGUCUCAUUUGAUUGACAGGCAGAGGGGACACCCCUCCAUGAGUAAACAAGUGGUGGGCGCCGGGUGGUCGGCGUGCGGCUGAAUCGCCCGAAAUUCAGCAGGUGUGCGGGUUCGGCCAUUCCCACUCUGCUGGACGGAUUCGGUAGCAGCGUCCCCCUCCGUGGUCUGGGGGCUCGGGCCGCGGCGUGACGUCACCGCGGUGAGUGGCGGGAGCGGGGCGGCGGAGCACGCGCAGCCGGACACGGGCCCGGUCCCGAGCCGCGGGAGCCUGGGCCUCGCCCUCGCCUGGUAGGCCCGCCGUUGAGUGGCAGCGACGGACGGACGGCCGGGGCACCGCGGCGGCGGAGGAAGAUGCUGAAGAUGGCGGAGAGUGGAGAAGAUCCAUUGCAGGCAGCUGGUGUGUGUGCUCAGCCAGCAGAGAAACGGAAGCGCACGGUGGAGGAUUUCAAUCAGUUCUGCAACUUUGUUCUGGCGUACACUGGAUACAUUCCACCGUCCAGGGAGGAAUGUGAAUGGACACAAUCCAGUUCAAAUUCACCCCUCAGGACUGAGAGUGUGGUGGACAGCGACAGCUGGGAUUCCACUCAAUCUAUUGACUUUGACACUAUCCAGAACUUUGUAAAGAAGGCAAAGUCCUCCAAGGGGAACGGCUUCCACCGGCUGAAGUCGGACGGCGUGCUGCUUGACAGGCUGAAGCUGAAGGAUGCCCUCUACCCCCCUCCGGCAGCAGAGAAGAAAAAGGAGCGGAAGGGCAAGAGAUGGAGCCUGGAGGCAGAGCCACAACAGAGGGGCCUAGACGGGGAGAAGUCUGGCUUCGCCCGCAUCAAGAGAAGCAAGAAGCGGAAGCUGAAAAAUGAGAGAACCGAGAAAAAGAUCAAGAGCUCCCAGAGCGAGACGGACUCUGACGAGGAGGUGGUGAAGGCAGACUUCCUCUCCGAGCCUCUGAGACCCGCUGCUGAGGUGGCUUACACCAAAAACUGUAAAAUGGAAAUCGAAGAAUGCCUCAGCAUGGGAAAUAGUCAUGAUGGGGAGACCAGCUCCAGCGAGGGUGAACCACGCAUAAUGGAUGAGGACAUUAUGGUGGAAUCAGACGAUGACUCUUGGAGCUUGGUGACAUGCUACUGUCGGAAGCCCUUCGCAGGCCGCCCAAUGAUCGAGUGUAACCAGUGCAACACCUGGAUCCACCUGUCCUGUGCCCGAAUCCGAAAGUCCAACGUUCCUGACGUGUUCUUCUGUGAGAAGUGCAGAGAUGCAAGAGAAGGCAGGAAGCCUAGUUCAAGCCAGAAGAAAGUUCCAUGAAUGAACUCCUCGUGAGUCUGUUCUUGUGACUCGUCUGAGGCAAAACACAAACUUACAGAAUAAGCAAGGUCAUGGUCAACUAAAGAAACUUGGGGUGGGUGGGGAUGAGGAUCUAACAGACCACCCAGGAGGGAAGAAACAAGUCUUGCUUGAACUGUAAGGGAUCUGCAAACACUUGUAAAAGUGUGGAUGUUUCAUUCUGGAUGCAUCCCAUUCAUGUUUCAGUACCUUAAGGGUUAGAAUGAAAGGUUUGGGUACAAGAACAGACCAUUUGUUUUACCCCAUCAAAAUAUCUUGACAGUCUGGAGCAAUAAUUUUGUUUUAGAUGGUGAAGCAUUUCAAGUCUGUCCUCAGAAUGGCCGCAGCUGGCGCAAAAAAAAAAGAGAUUCUUCACUGCUUCCUUAUCCAGGAAGAAUGGAAUAAUGUACCCAUGAGUGUUUUUGGCAGUACCGGGAAAGCCCUGAUUAGAAGGCAGGUCAUUUGUCCCUGUUCAGAUGGAAUGUGUCGUCUUUGAACAUGGCGCAUUCAACCAUCAUGGAAGGACUGGGGAGAAAAAAGUGGAUAUCAAAUAAAUAUUAACUUUCUCUACUUGUGAAAGUUUUUUUCUGCUUUUUUUUUGAGCGACCUUGGGUUUGAAUUGGAAACAGACCAGGAGGUUUAAGUACUUCUGUUAGGGAUUUGUUGACCGGUGAGACUAUUCUGUGCGCAGUUCCUAGCAAGUUUGUUUUUGUUGCUGCCUCUGUUCCCUAGACACAGUGAUGGUAGCCUUUAUGUCUUGAAUGUUGGCGCGUUGAAGUGUCUAGGGAUGCAAGCCAGAUGUGGUUCAGCCAGAAGUUGAAUUAGGUCAGCAUUUAACUGGGCGUCCGUGAACCUUCCAAGCUCCCAUUUUGGGCUGCACGCCACCAAAUCCAUUUGGGUUCCACCGCCCCUUGCUGGAAUUGAAAGCUUUCUUUAUUUAAAUACUGAAGGUUUAUUUUCAUAGUACGAGAGACCCGGAUAUUUUAAGAUUGAGUUCAGAGGGAUAAUAUGCAUGUGUUGUCUGUGAAAGGUAGACCGGAUUAAACAAGGCUUUGACACUGAGGUCUGAUCCUGAAUUGUGACGGUGUUAAACUUGGAGCUUUGAAAGAAAUCUGCAGGGUUUGAAGGGUGAGGUUUUGGAAUUAACUGGUGUGGAGCGAGAGCACCAAAUGCCUCAUGGUGGCGGUUGCAGAAUUGAGUCUAUUUAUGGGAUGUAGUGGGGAGAUGGCAUGAUUCAAGAUGUUUGUAAGCUGUAUCCUACCUGUCUGUCUCAGUUCUUUAGAUUCAAAGCAUAAACAAGAUGAAUCCUAUAAUAACUCAUUAAAUCUAGGCAAAACAGAUUCCCAUAUUUUAAUUUUUAUCUCCUCUCCCAUCCCCAAACCUUUUGCAGCCAAGUCAGCACAUUGGACUUAAUUACUUUGUCCUUGGGUGAAGUGGAGGGGUUGAGUGGAUGGGGAAAUAAGGUACGGGAAAAUCGCCUACUUGUGAGAUUGAUCUUUGCUUGAUCCCCCACUCAGAGCUGAGGACCGUAGGGCCAGUUAAGCAGCAGGAACGUUUGGUGUUUGUGACCCUACUCUGUGGUUGCCCCUGCUCAGCAUUGUGCAGCCAUUCUGAAAACACAGUUCUGUCCAUCUGUGCCCUACAGAGAGGAAAAAGAACAAAUGCCGGUAGUUGUGUCUUUUGUGCAGGGAGUUGAAAUGAUGGUUCUGAAGUCCAGAUAACAAGGUAUAAACCGAAAGCGGGUAUAAAACAAAGGAAAUUAAUAUUCAUUUACUCAGGACUCAGUAGCUUGGAGCAAAUCUCCAACAGUCUGAAACUACAAAGGUUGAAAUCCAAGUGACACACAUUCUGAAAAUACUUAGUGUGCCUUUGCAGAGCAGGGCCAGAAUAUCCUUACUGGGCAUUGGCAGCAGAGUUUGCCCUUGGUCAGCUGUGGGUAGUGUGGCUCUGCUUUGAUUGAGAGGGUAGGGAGAAGAGUUGAAGCAGACUACCACGAUCUCUGCCUUUAUUUUUAAUUAUUGAUGGUUUGAUGUCAAACUUGACGUUCCAAGUUUGGGUUGGUUUCUUCCUUGUUUGGAAAAAUGGGGCAGGUUACAAGUUACGGGAGGUGGCCAGCUUGAGUGAGUCAGCCUGGCCAUGAACAACUGAACCACAGUGACUGUGAAAGGCUCUGAGUUCACUGCCCUUUGAGAAAUACAGGAGUGGAAGGGGUCUUGUCUGGGGGGGAGGGAGGAGGAAUAGGAGAAUUGCUGGUUGGUCUUGUGUCCAGCUAUUAAACACACAAAAUGUUGGAGGAACUCAGUAGUUCGGGCAUCACCUAUGGAAAGAAAUAAAGAUUAGAUUUUUCAGUCUGUGGCCCUUCAGGACUGGAAAGGAAGGGAUAAGAAGGCAGCGAGGAGCACAAACUACCAGGUGAUGGCUUCCCAUGGUCCACUGUCAUAUUCCUUUGGUCCUUUACCUCUUCCACCAAUAACCUCCCACUUUCUCACAUCAUCCAGCCUCCCCCCACUUCACCUGCUUUCAGUAUCACCUGCCAGUUUUUAUUUCCUUCCCGUCUCCCCCACUAUAUUCUGACUCUUCCCUUCUUUUCCAGUCUUGAUGAAGGGUCUCAACCCAAAAUGUCCAACUGUUUAUUUCUCUCCAUAAAUGCUGCCUGGCAUGCUGAGUUCCUCCAGCUUUUUGUGUGUUCCUUAAGAUUUCCAGCAUCUGCAAUCUCGUGUCUGUUGUUAAAUAAUCUGUUGCUGUCUGAUGCUGGUCCAGGGGUGGAAGAUGGAACAUGGAAAUUGGUAUUUCAGUGAUUGGAGGAGGAUUGGGUAUGGUUACUCUGUAUGUCUUUGUUUUGACGUUGCAUGGGAUUCCAUGCAACGUCAGUGCAGAGCAUUGGGUUGAAUGGGUUCUGAACUGUGAGCGCCUGUGGAAAGUUGCUGCCCAGAGCCUCAGGGAUGUUGACUGAAGCUGUAUUUUUGCAAUGCUGUUGUAAAUAAGUAUCGUAGGAAGAAGAUUCUGAUAAAGGAUUCAACACUUUUUGGAGAAAAUAAAAAGUUUUUUUUUUGUA